CAUUUUGCAGAGAUUUUGAUAAAUGAUUAGAUUCUGGAACAAUGCUUGAAAUGAAAUAUGGUGAUAAUGGCGAUGCACUGACGUUGGCAAACAAGAAUCGUAUGGCAAGUAAGAAAAUCUUCGAGCAGCUGCAGCAGUCAACUCGUACAUCAGCUCACAUUGCUGUGGCUGAAGGCCACAUGUUACACAGACAACCUUCUGGUGCACAGAAAAGAAUACGACAACGGCAGGAACAGAAAUGGUUAAAAGCCAUUUCGUCUAAUACUAACUCAUGCGAUCUGGAGCUUAGCCAUACGCAGUCAGAACCAGAAAAAAGUGCUUAUAGAUCCUUGAUUGAAUCUGGCGGUUACAAAUCAAUUUUACCAGAAGAACUGCCUUUUCCUGUUACUUCUCCUUCUAUUACGUCUUUGUCUAGGAAUACAUAUGUGCACUCAUCAUCAACAACUUCUAUGGGUAAGGUUAGUUCCUCUUCAGCGACAUUCACACCUGCUACAUUUCAAAACAGCGGCAACAUUGCUUCGCAAACAAUUAUGGGUGGCAAACCAACAGUACAGGUGCAUCCGAUGCCAUCAAGCUUACCAGCCAGUAGUAUGAUUGCUACUUUGGAGAGAUCCACAUUAUCAACAAACAGUAAUACUACUACUGAUAUUACAUCGGAAAAAGUACGCGAGAAACCGGUGGUACCAAAGAAGCCAGCAAGGUUAAUUCUGCCUUCGGCAUCUGCUUUUGUCGAAUCUACUUCAAUAACUCCACUUGGUUUGAGUGCAUCAAGUUCGAAUAUUUUUUCAUCUUCAACGCAGUCGUCACCCUCAACUAGCAAUAGUUUCCGUUUAUUUUCAACUCCAUCAUUCAUUUCUCUUCACACUGCCCUGAUGCAGUCCAGUCUGACAAACGAGGAAAUAGAGCAACUCGAAGUGAAACGUAAGAAGCUAAUCGAAUCAAUUUCGCGCAAAAUUGUAAUAUUGGACGAGGAACGAAAUGCGAUUGAUGAGGAUUUCAAUCUAAACGAAGCCCUGAAAAACGAAGUCUUCAAUGACUUAACAAAAAGUGGUGAUUCGGCUAUUCUGGAAAAAAUUGCGAAGAAUCUCGCACAAAAUUCACAACUGUGUAGACUUGAAACAAGGUUACGGAUGCAAUUGGAUCGUUUGCACUCAGUUUCGUUGAGUAAUGAAAAUGUUGAUAAAGAGCUCAUUAGUGCUCGCAUUGAGCGUCUGAAACGACAAUUAGAUGACCAAACUAUAUUAAGAAAAGCUUUCGAUAGACGUGAUGCUGAAGUUGACAGAUAUAUCGUUUCAAGGUUGAACGACGAGCGAAGAUUACAGUGGAGGAUUUACAAGGAAACUUGGAAACGUCUGACAACAGAACGGCAAGAAAUUGACGAGCGACUUUUUCUUGGACGUGAACAAAUCAGUGCCUUACGAAGUGUGCAACCACAUAUCUAGUUGCCUUAUACUAAUAAAUAAACGUGUCUUGUUUUUUUUGGUGCAGUUACUGUUUUUUAUAUGAAAUUUCAAGUUGAUAUUAGGCUUGAGACUAAUGCGCUACAAACUUUGUGAACGUUUGUGAAUGAUGUAAAAUUUGUGCGUAAUUUCCGAUUUCUCAAUUUGGAAAAAAAAAUUUGAUCUGCC